CCAGAGUAGUACUACAAAUUAGAUGUGACCCGAUAACGACCGAUUCACAGUCAAUACGCAUAAAUGAUCCAUUAUUUAAUUUUGUCACGACGAUGGUCAGGCGAUGGCCCCAUGACGACGAGAGUGCAGCAGCCUUUACCGCGAUAAGGUGAUGUGUUGAGGUCGCGGGCAACGGCCCACGUACUGCGAUACAUGUCAAAAACGAUGAGGUGGGCCGUGGGUCCGUUCGUUCGUUCGCGUCGACGGGGAAAGCACUCCGGCAUGGUCGCUCGCUCGAUGUGAAUGACAAUGAGCGCACAGAGUCCGCUGCGACUUAAACGUGACCUUCUUAUCGAAGAAGCAUGCGGCGAAGUGUACACGACUGUCACAAGCUCUGCUCAACGACUUGCCGUGGGCUGGUAUAAAUAGUACAGGUUGGUGCACCGUUUUGCAAGUGCGAAACACCCGUCGGUGUCGGUGCCUCACGACGCGACUCUUCCCCCGACUGACCGACGACCAUGCAAGGCGGCUUCGAGUACGCCUCCCAGCCGAGGUCGGUGGCCGUGAAGCGAUCCAAAUACCGCGACCCGUCCGCGCCAGGAUCGAACAACGACAAAGGGCAGAAUCUCAUGUACGAUCGCCGAAUUGUCCGAGGAAGCACGUAUGCAAAGCCCCCCGCCGUGGUGGAGCAAGCAGCGUCUCCAGUACGUCCGCGACUACCAAAGAAGAAGGCGCAAGAGGUAGACCCGGUCCAUUCGAACCGGCCGCCAACUCCGCCGCCGAUGGAUGGCCGACAACACAUGGACAUUCAAACGGACAACUACUUGGAAGAACUGACAGACAAAGUCCCGGAAGCGGACGUGGAGACGCAGACGGAAGCGUUCAUGGACCAGCUGCCAGUGCCGCUCUUUGUGCCGCAGAAAACAGGCGUUGACGCGACGACGCAGAUCGAGCUCGGCGACUUAUUUGACUUUGAUCUGGAAGUGGCGCCGAUCCUCGAAGUCCUCGUGGGGAAGACGCUUGAAGUGAGUGUGAUGGAAGUGCUCGAAGAAGACGAAGUCCAGGAGCUGCGUACGCGGCAGGAAAUCUUCGAGCAGGCGCGCAACGCCGAACUGGCCGAGGUCCAGCGGCUGGAAGCAGAAGCGAAGCGAAAACAAGACGAAAAAACACGGCGACUCGAAGAAGAGAAGGCUCGUGUUGUGGCGCAGGCCGACCUGCAGGAGAAGUUGGCGGCGCGGUCGUUUGCCAAGCACUACCUGGCCGACUUGCACACGUCGGUGUUUUCGUCCCUUGUUACGACCGGCCACUUCCAAGAUCCAAUGGAAAAGGAUGUGUCGGAAGCGUUCAUGCCAUACCUGAUCCAGCGCGCGUGCGUGAACGUCGAACAGAUCGCAUUCUCGCGUGCGCUGGCCGAAGCCUUGGUCGACGAAGCGAUUCACAAGACCACGUCGUCGUUCGAUCCCGUUAGAGUAGUCGUCAGUCCGCCAAAUCCGACGUCGUCCGUGUAGGCAGUAUUAACUUCAUGCAUGUAUAUAUCGCAUCCUCGC